AAAAAAUAGUGGAUUUUCUUGGAAAAUAAUAGUUGUUGACCAAGAUGAUAAAUUUUGCAAAAGGAGAAGAUCCAACAUAAAACAUUUGGAACAAUUUCAUAAUUUACUUCUUCUCCAUCAAUUACAAAGUGCAGUUUAAUUUCUUGGGCUGUAAGUAAUCAUUGUUCCUCAUCUCUAAUCUAUAGCCAACAUGAAUCAAUUAUUAUCAAAACCAAUAAAAAUAGCAGGUCAAGUGAUUAGAUCUGCAUACGAAGCAACCUCAUAUAAGGAAGAGUGCCGCAAGAUCAUGUUCAAGACUCAAAAGCUUACAGCAAUGUUUCAGAAGAUGUUGACCCUGGCAGAUUCAAAAUUCUAUGAUCGACCGAUAUACAGAGUGAUUGAAUCUACUCAAGAUAUACUGGAGGACACUCUGUCUCUUGUUCUCAGAUGCAGUGCUAAAGGUUUCAAGAAGUAUCUAUAUGAUCUAUCCAUCAUCGCACCAGUUGAUUUUGACAAAUCUUUAAGUCAGUUGGAAAAUUCUAUUCAAGAUGUCGAUUGGCUCCUUGAUGUUUGCUUUAAUUCAGUUGGUAAGUGCACGUAUUGGCCUCCGUUUGCUAAUAAUGAUACAACUCUUUGUUUUAUUUGGAAACAGAUUGCGAUUCUUUAUACUGGGUCUUUAGAUGAUAGAUCUGGUGCUGCUGAAUCAAUUCUUACACUCGUUAAAGAUAAUGUUCGCUGCAGGAAAUUGAUAGUUGAAGAAGGUGGAGUUGAGCCUCUACUGAAAUUGCUGAAAGAAGGUGAAAUGAAAUGUCUGGAAAAUGCUGCAAAAGCUAUUGGAUACUUGGGUCGUGAUCAGGAAAGUGUUGAAUACUUGAUCCGUGUAGGCGUUUGCAAUGUAUUUGCAAUAAUACUCAAAGAAGGUCCUAUGAAAGUUCAGGCUGCUGUCGCUUGGGCUGUGUCUGAACUUGCUGCCAGUUAUCCUCAAUGUCAAGACACUUUUUUGGAGCAUAAUAUAGUCAGUUCGCUCAUUAAGCACCUUUCGUUGGAGAUAGUUCAAGAACGUAUUCAAAAUGAAUUUGUUGUCAACAAAGCCACAUCGGUGCUUGCAAUUGUAAUGGCAAGAAAUCGUUUGAACUCUAGUAAGGCAAUUGAGGAGUUGGAAAACAAUCAGCCUCGUCAUGUUUCAUUAUCUCCUGUAGACACUGAAACCAAGAACUACAUGAAGGCAAUGGCAGCUAAAGCACUUUGUGACCUUGUCAGGGGCAAUAUUAAGAUAUGCCGUCACAUCACGGAGUCGAGAGCUCUUGCGUGCUUUGUGUUUCUCUUGGAUAAAGGAUCGAAAGAUAUUCCAUAUCUUUCAGCCUUGGCUUUGAUGGAGAUAACAGCAUUAGCUGAGCAAGAUAGUGAUUUGAGGAGAUCCACAUUCAGGUCGAGUUCGCCUGCUCGCAAAAUUGUGGUUGAUCAACUUGUGAAAACUAUCGAAGCAGGAGAUAAUUCUAUUAUUUCGAUCCCAUGCAUCAGAGCAAUCGGGAAUUUAGCAAGGACAUUUCGAGUUGGGGAGACAAGAAUAAUUUCCCCGCUGGUUCGACUUCUAGAUAAUAGGGUAUCUGUAGUUUGCAGAGAGGCUGCAGUUGCCCUUUCCAAGUUCUCGUGCACAGAGAACUAUCUCCACCUAGAUUAUUCCAAGGCAAUCAUUGAAGCUGGAGGGGCAAAGAUUUUGGUCAGACUUGCGUUUCGUGGUGAACGCGUAGUUCAAUUACCAGCAUUGAUUGUGCUAUGCUACAUUGCUGUUCACGUCCCAACUAGUGAAGAGCUUGUGCAGGCAGAGGUGCCUUCUGUGCUAGAAUGGGCAUCAAAGCAAUCAUUUGUCAUACAAGGCCAAACCUUUGAUUCAUUGCUCCCAAAGGCUAAAAGCAUGGUUUCACGAACAGCCAUUCCGCUGUACAGCGCUCGUUAAUCAUCAAAAAUCACAUUGCAAAUUUUCUAUAAAUGACUCUAUUUGUUUGCUUAAUCGGGAAUCUUGCUUGCAUUGUGUAAAUAUUAUUUAUCUUGCUCUUCGUCUUCAUUGAACAA